AUGGAAUCGAUUCAAGAUUUUAAUGUAACAUAUCCACCAACAAUUGGUGAUGAUUGUUUAAAAAUUUUUCUUAGUAAUCUUGAUGGUCGAAUAAAUACGCAAGAUUUACAUACAUUUUUUAGUCCAUUUGGUAGAAUAGAACAUAUUGAAUCUUGGACUCCAAAAUCUGCAAUAAUUCUUUUUUCUGAUAUGGAUUCAAUUGAUCGUGUUCUAUUAAAAUAUCGAAAAUGUAUUAUUAAUAAACAAGAAAUAUUUAUUCGUCGUUUUCGUUAUGGAUAUAUUGAACGUGCAUAUAUGGAUUCAAAAAUUUUAUUUAUAAAACCAAUAAAUAAUGAUUUAUCAAUAAAAUGGAAUGAAACAACAAUACGUAAUUGUUUUCAUAAAUAUGAAAAAAAUAUUGAAAAAAUUCGAAUUGUAUCAAAAUCAUUUCAUGGAUUUAUUUAUUUUAAAGAUUAUGAUAUAGUUGAUAGAAUUCUUCUUCAAACUAAUAUGUUUCGUAUUAAUGAUAUACCAAUUGAAAUGAAACGAGCAAAAUCAAAUGAAAAACAAAUAGAAGAUAAUGAUAUACAUAUUGAAAAAUUAAUAAAAAGAAAUAAAUUAUUAAAAAAACAAAUUGAACGACAAAAAGUUGAUGCUCGUCAUGAAAUUAAAAAUCUUAAACGUAAAAUAAAUAAAUUAAAAAAUGAACUUAUUGAUUUAAAAUCCCGAUAUCGUUAUUAA